AUCAAUAGAUUUAUUCAUUCUUACUAUUUUCCUAUAGGGUACCUCUGAUUUUUAUUCUAUGUUCAUAUCCUUUUUGGUGCCUCAAUUUUAUCAAUUCAGGUAUUGGUCAAUAUUGGACUAUACUCGGACUGUUCUAUUUGUUUACUAUGAUGCUAUAAAUACCCAUGUUUUGGUCAGUGAGCCGGGGUCCAUUAGCACGCACUGCAGUAGUAACACGAUGUAUAGCUAAGUGUAUUUUUUACGGUAACCAUCUCCAUUAGGGGUUCCAGCAAGGCUCCAGCAAUGUCCCAGUGAUGAUUCGGCCAUAGUCACCAGUGUUCCGGUAUUGAACAUCUUACCACCCGUGUAACCUCCUUCGAGUAUUCACUUACUACGCUGGAAGCCGGUGGACGGAAGCCGUCAUCUUAGGACGUGGUACCGAAGGAGGACACAUUGGAGGAACACUGGAGGGACACUGCUGUCCAAUAUACCACCAUAGGACACAUUGGAGGAACACUGGAGGGACACUGCUGUCCAAUAUACCACCAUAGGACAAUGACGAAUCAGAUAUUAGAAACAUUUUUUUUUUGUUAAUAUUUUGUGUGUGUGUGAAUGUGUAUAUUUGUAAAUUUAUUGAUUUUAUAUAUAGAUAAAGAUUGUAAAUACCUAUUGUUGUUCUCAUUGCUUGACUGGUUAGACACACGACGGCUGUCGUGACAAAUUGGUGUCAGAAGUGGGAUAAUCAUGUCUAAUCAGUCAGCAAAUAAUUGUCAUUUUGUUAUUGUCAAUUAGUUUUUGAAGUAUCUAAUGUGAUUUUAUUUUCAUUUAAGGUAGCUAGAAAUUGUAUGGAACCCCGGUGGAGAACGGUUACUGUUGCCUUGUGUAUGGUUAUAUUUUUCCUUUGAGUGUUUAGAGGAUAAGUACAUUUUUGUUUGAAAUAUUUAUUAGCAUUUGAUUGUGUAGUUGAUAUAUUUUUGAGUAUAUUAAGAUGGACCAACCAACGUUACAAGAAUUAACGGAACACGGACAGAAAAUGGAACUCAAGGGAUCAGAUCUCCAGAAGUUCAUACGAGAUCAGCAAGCACACUAUCGGGAGUUACGAGCCGCAGAGAGAGAACGAGAAAAGGAAGCGAGGGAGUACGAGUUGAAGAAGCAGACUCUAGAGAUGGAUAGAAUUAAGAUGCAGGAAGAACAAGGUAAAGCGGAGCUUGAGAGUAAGUACCGUGCUACUAUUUUUCAUUUAGAGCAACAGUUGAAAGAGACAAAGGUUGAUAUUGCAAGUUCUUCAUCUGCUAAAAUUCCUAAGAUGCCAUUUUUUGACGAAGUUAAAGAUGACAUAGAUUCUUACCUUCGGCGGUUCGAGCGGUAUGCAGAGGCACAGAAGUGGAAACCAGAUACAUGGGCAGUCAAUCUCAGCGCACUGUUACGUGGUCGUGCACUCGAUGUCUAUGCUUUGCUGCCUCAGGAACAAGCUCUCAACUAUAAUGCUCUGAAAACAUCGCUGUUGAAACGAUUUGAGAGAACAGAGGACGGAUUUCGUCAACGAUUUCGUAUGUGUCGACCUGAAUCAGGUGAGACUUUCUCUCAAUUUUCUGUUCGUCUUGGAAGUUAUUUAAAUAGAUGGAUAGAACUUGGUAGAGUGCCUAAUACCUUCGACGGAUUGUAUGAUCUUGUGCUUCGGGAUCAAUUCCUUUCAAUGUGCAACAGAGAUUUAUUAUUGUUUUUGAAAGAACGUAUACCCAAAGACAUUGAUGAAAUGUGUAGGCUAGCUGAUCAAUAUAAAGAGGCCCGUCAUGUUAAUAUUUUGUCGUUAGUACAUUCUGGCAGGAAAGAUUCUACUACUGAACCAAGGAACGGAUCACCAAAUAUACAGAGAGACCAGAAGGAACAGAAAAGUACGAAAGAUGCAGCAACAACAGAAAAACAGGUACGCUGUUACAAAUGUUCCAAGAUAGGACAUGCUUCAUUCCAGUGUCCACAGCAACGUUCACGACCGAGAGAAGAUUUGCGGAGCGGACAUCCCUACCAAACACCAGGUAAAUGUUCAGCAUUUACUUCCGUAACUACAACAACGUCUGUCUCGAGUCCAAAGACUGAUGAUUUAGUUAGUACAUCUUCUUGCAAUGUGACAGCUGCUUUAGAGAACAUGCCUUCUUGUGAUGGUAGACUAAAUGAACAUUCAGUUAGUGUGUUAAGAGACACGGGUUGUAACGGUGUAGUGGUUCGUAAAGACUUGAUUUGUGAUUCGCAGUUGACUGGCAAGUGUCGAGAGUGUGUUCUUGCAGAUGGAUCCAAGAUAAAAGUACCAGUUGCGUGCCGUGAGUCCAGCCGACAUAUUACGAGAACAAGAAGAAGAUGCUACUCUGGAAAAGAUCCGUAGUUUAGUGGGAAAGGAUACAGAUGCGGACGCCAAAGUUCAUUUUAUAAGAAAGAAAGGUAUGAUUUAUCGAACUUUUCAAUCG